AUGAAAAAAUAUUUAUAUUUGGGGAUAGAGGGACAGAGUGCGAGAGAGAGAGAGGCGGAAUCCAAGCAGCCCACUGCUCUAAUGUUGCUGGACGCCAUCAUUUGGUUACCCACCCUAUUCACCUACAUAUUGUUCCUGCUCAUACUGAUCAUACUGUUCUUCAUUGUCGCCUAUGUCAGCCAUAAGAUCUACAUAUCCAUCUAUGAUAAUCUGCCACUGCCAGCGGCGCCCGGGUCGCGCUACUCCCUCUCCAUAUCGCCGCAUCGUGUGCAAUCGACACGCUCCGAGCCGUUGAGCGCACGCUCCAUUUGGAUACAGAAUCGCUCACAGAUCUACGAAUCGUCAGUGGUUCGCAUUACACUCACGUUGGAGGCCUGCUACCUGGUCAGCGUCGAGCUGGACAUCUAUAAGAAUCCCGCCCAGCGUGCCAUUAGCUUCAUGUGCAACUGCAAGGCGAACGUCAACAAGUGUGCCGCAGUCGCUCCCAGAGCGGCGGACAGUGUGCGCGUGCUCAAGUACUACGAUCACCUGUCCCGGGUGCCACGCCUCAAGCUUCUGUUGCGCUGCAAUGAGCGCAAGAAUAUGCGCCUGGUGCUCGACGACGUCAUCAAGGAUGUGAUGGAGACGAAUUCCACGGAUCAAGCUGCGGCCUGCCCGGCGCCCUGCACAGGGUCCAGCAGGCAGAGGCGAGGCGACGACACAAGUAACUGAACAAGCAAUGCCAACUAUGUGUGCGAGCGAGAGAGGUACUGUAAAGCUCGGGCCGGAGCUCUCUCUAUGUGUGUGUGCGUGUGUGGGUGUGUGCGUGCGUGACGGGAGACACUGGGCACAAUGGGCUCGCUUGGAUUUUAAAUUAGCGCUUUAUAUUUUAAUAUUUUUUUGAUAGAACUUGUUUUGGUCUUUAUUAUUUUGUAUUGUAUCUCAUGCAUGGUGGGCGUGGCAGUGUGGCCAUGCCUACAGUUUAACGGAAAUCAAGAGAUGUAUAAAAUAUAUAUGUAUAUAUGGA